GGGGGCGAGCUCCGGGUAGCGGGGCCAGGGAGGGCAGAUGGAGGCGGGGAAGGACCGGCCUGGCGCCGGGAUGGAGGUGAGACCCGAGGGCCUGCGAGAGAAACGAUUACAGAAAGAACUAUUGGCAUUUCAAAAUGAUCCACCUCCGGGAAUGACUCUAGAUGAAAAGAGUGUACAAAAUUCAAUUACACAGUGGAUUGUAGACAUGGAAGGUGCUCCAGGAACACUAUAUGAAGGGGAGAAAUUUCAGCUUUUAUUUAAGUUUAGUAGUCGGUAUCCUUUUGAUUCGCCUCAGGUCAUGUUUACUGGAGACAAUAUUCCUGUUCAUCCUCAUGUUUAUAGCAAUGGUCAUAUCUGUUUAUCCAUUCUAACGGAAGACUGGUCUCCAGCUCUCUCAGUGCAAUCUGUUUGUCUUAGCAUUAUUAGCAUGCUUUCCAGCUGCAAAGAAAAGAGGCGACCUCCAGAUAACUCAUUUUAUGUAAGAACAUGUAACAAGAAUCCAAAGAAAACAAAAUGGUGGUAUCAUGAUUACUACCCUUGACUGGAAAUACGUGUGGACCUUUUCAUGGUGGAGUGCAGAAGCACUGUUCCUUACGUUCAGCCACUCUUGAGACAAAGCUGUCAGUCAUUCUAAAAUGCUGUGAUGUGUAUCAGGGGAGGAAUUGGGAUAACAGCGAGGUAUUUCCUCUUUCUCCAGAGGGGAUCUCUUGUAACAACUGAAGGAAAUAGCUUAUUUAAAAAACAAUCACUAAGAUGUAAUGCUUUCAUUUCUUACAGAUGAUCAAAUAGUUCCUUAUUAUUGUUCUUUGGCUGUAUGACGAAUGCUUCAAAUAUUAUAUAGAAAGUUUCAGAUGCAGGGUUCUUGUUUGCUUGCAGUGGUGGGAGGAGAGUUUCUAUUACUUUGUUAGCAUAUAUCAGGACUGUUGAAUUAAACCUCUGCCUCAUACCGAUAAUCGCUUUCAGUUUUGUACAAUUUUUUGUUCAAGAGAUGAUGUCUUCUGUGUUGUAAAAAGCAAAGCACUUUAUACCUAAACCGCAUAUUUUUAUGAAAAAAUAAGUUUUUAAGAUUCAUAUAUCAUGUGUUAUGAAGAUUGCUCUGGAUGUUUAAUUUUUAUUUACUACUUUCUUUGAAAGUCUGACAAACUGUAGUUCACAUCUUAGGUUUUAAAGGUACAGUUUAAGGAGACCAUAGAGUUUCCAUGUCAGUAAUUACAUAUUAAAGAGUAGAGUAAACAAGUGUCUGCCAGGAAAAGUUUAAAUAUAAUUGGUAAUAAGACUUUGCAGUCCUGUUCUUGGUAGGUUUUUUUAAUAUGUAAAUAUUUAUCAAAAUAAAUGAUGUCUUAAAAACAGAAGGGGAAAAAGAAAACUACCUGUGGCUCUCAUGUUUCUUAGAACAUGUCCUGUUGCUAUUAAAAGGUUUGCAAUAGUGUAACUAUAUAACUUCUGGCUAUGGGGGAAGCCAGUGUAGUUUUUGCCUCAUCUGGCAAAGCAGUUGAGCAUUAUGUUGUGUUUCCAUGCUCACAAAUCCUGAUCACUCUAAAUAGUAGGUUGAAUGAACUUUCUUUUAAAACCAGUUACUUUUAAUCCAUAUCACCCAAUCCUGUUUGGAUUUGCUCUAAUACGCAGUGGUACCUGAAUAAUUAGGUGUUGAACUGGAUAAGGGGAAUUAAGCUGCCUUAGUGAUAUUCCAUCUUCAGCUGCAGUCACACAGCAGCAUGAGAAGAGAGACUUUGGAUUUAGUUCAUGUGCCAGGUACUUGUUGGCCUGUUGUUUUGAGGACUACUACUAACUUUACAAACCGUCAGGCUUUACAAUACCUUUAUAAAACACAAGAGUAGAAAUAUCACGAGCCGCCUUUUACUGUAUUGAAAUAUAAUUCAGAAAUACAAAUUUUGAAAAUACUUAACCUCUGCUUUUAUUUCAUUUUACAGAUAAUAGCAAUGCAGGAAAAUCUUCACUUGCCAUAUUCUUUUUCCUCCAGAUUUUAUGUACUUUUUGAAAUAGUGUCUGAGGGAUUUUGAACAGUUGAUUCACUGUAACAAAUUCUCUCUGGAGCUACUUAAAGUGAAGUUUUUUUAAAUUACAAAGGAAGAGCAUUUCAGUAACACUGUAGUUCCAAAGUAACUGCUUUCAUGAAGUGGCUUCCUUAGAAACCUGUGUAAGUUUCAUUCAGAUAUUAAUUUUUGUAUUUAUGAAACAAAAAAUAAAUGCAAAAUCCAAUUGAUAAUGCAGUGUGUAUCAGUGUAGAGAUCAGAUUUAUAAGCCUGUGUCCACAGUCUCUUUAGUAUAAUACUCCAUAGGAGCUCUUAAGGUGUGAGUCAGUGGUAGUAGGUUAGAUUGUGUUUAACCCCCUUCAGUUUACCUGGGUGAUUUGCAGUGCAACUUUGUCUUUUGAAGUGACAUUUUUCGCUUGACUUCUGCUAGUGAAGGAGCUGCUUACAGGAGACACUUCUGGAAAAGGAAUCCAGUGAAUAACUGAAAACCAUCAUGAUGGCCUCAAAGAAAGAUGUUACAAUCUGAAAUCCUAUAACACUGGCCACAGUUCUUUCCCUCAUGCUGGCCUGUCUUUUGUUAUUUAAAAUUUCCAUGAUAAGACCUUAAAACUUUUGUCUUCAGCAGUGGGAACCUGUUUUCUUGAAGCCCUUUGAAGUGCUUUGUGCAAAGCAGUCCAAGUUAAAUCUGUUCAGAUACACAUUCUGGGCCUUUUCUCUUCCCAGGACCACAACAUUAUCUGGAUGCUGCUAAUGAGGUUCUCAGGGGCAUUUUAUCCUAAAGAUAAAAUUAAGCAUGGUUCCUGUUGUUACAAGAGAAGGAGGAAUUUGUAUUCCUUCCUUUCCAGUCUAAUGAUUUACAUUCCUACCUUGCAUCUAGCUUUAUUGCCAAGUCUGCACUGAGAUGAUCUAGCCUGUUAAACCAGUAGAAAACUGAUUUCAAAAAAGUGAAAUUUUUUCUUCUGAAUUAACAAGCUGAAUCAGCUUGCUGCAUAAUCAAGAGUUUCAGAGCUAGUGUAAAAAAUGGAAAGGACUGUGCAGCUGGGGUUUGGGAGGUGAUGGCUGAAACGUGAUUUGUAUCUUUAGGCUUUUCUGCAUAAUGUACUAGAAACCUUGUGUUACGCAGAAGGUGAGUUAUGUGCUAUGAGAAGCCUGAGCUGGAGGUCUGGACUGCCUAUAACAGCCUGUGACGGGGGACUCUCCUGUCUGUUUUAACUGUUUUCUAGUAAAAAUUCUGAAGUUGUUUCAAAGCCUUCCAGUGAUCUGUUACAUCUCUGUUUAGAUGCCUUGAGUUUUUGUACCCAGGAACAGGUUGGCUUUUUGCAUUUGUUUGGUUUUUUGUUUGUUUUGUUUUGUUUUGUUUUCAAAGUAGUAAGUCUUCUGGCAUUGCUCUGUUAGGAUAUUUUUAGUAAGGUUUUUAUCAGACCAAUGUUGUCAAGCCUGAAUCAGAGUUACAGAUUCAGUGAAGCUGCUCAGAAAAUGGCCAGUUAUUUUUCAAAAGGAAGGCAUUCCUGUUACGAAUCAAAUGUCCUGGAGCUUAGAUAGAAAGCCAAAUGUAGUUAUAGUCAUCAUCUAAUACAGAAAACACUUGAGACUCAAGUCUCGGCUACAGAUCUCAUUUGUCUGUUGUAUUCUAUGAUUUGCACUGUGGUAGGAGGUUUUCAAAGCAAAACCACACUGUUAGUCGUCUCAUCCCUUCCCCUGAAGGUCUUGUUCAAGGGAUGGAUGAAAUCCUGGUGGGUUUGAUCUUAAUGUAUUAUUUUUACUGGCUCGGUGAAAAGUGUGUGACAGCUGUCAUUCUGACCGGUGAUGAAGUGUGAAUAGCUCUUGAGUCUCUUUCUUAUUCUCUACUGUCCAUAUGUCUGAAGAAAACAUUGGUAGCUGUGCUUCAUAUGCGCCGAAUAAAGUACAUAUUUGUUUAUUGGGUGUAGACAAUUUUUUCAAGAUUAGAACUCUGGGAGAAGCAGUACAGGAAGUAUACAUAACUAAGUAAACAAGUGACAAAGACAGAUAAAUUAUAAUAUCUCCAGAUGCUACAGAGUAUAUCAAGCCUAAGGUUUUGAGUUUAUGGGAAAUGGGAUGGAAGGAGAAAUUGGGGGCAGUCACACUGAUGUAUUCUGUAUCGUGCUGGGUUUUGGACUAUAACUCUUUUAAUCUUUUAUGUAUCUGCGCAUUGUCAUCUGCCCCAAGCAGUAACUGUCUUAAGGAUUAUGCUGGAAUAAUAGAUGACUUCGGGUUCCUUAAAUAAUAAUUCAGUCGUUGGGAAUGAUCUUUCAAACACUCCUGCAAAUUCUGUUGACCGACACAAUGAGGAUACCAUAUGGAAAUAAGCUAUGCUCACAAAGUAGGGUGGGAGGGAGAACAACUAGUUCUUGGAAGUUAAGUUUGAUAGCAUCCUGAAUAUUCUCAGUGAAUUGGUGGCUGGUGGCAUGGUGCUUUUGGGUUUGUGUGGCUUUAGGAUUUCAGGUUUGGGCCUUUUUUUUAAGAGGACAUCACUAAUUGCACCAAUCUAUAAUUCUUAUGUUAAGAAGUUCUUCAAAGUUGGAAGAGGGCAAAUGCAGUGCAACUAUGGUCAUGAUGCAACUGAAAGAUCAAGGUCCUGUAUGAAAACUGGUAUCAUUUUGUUGGGACGUGCUAUAGUAAGAAAAACCACUGGUCCUAUCAAACUUUAAAAACUCAGAGGAUGGAUAACCCUCUCCAGAAACUGAAGUAAUAGGUUUCUUUUUGCCAUUGCAAAUUUUUUCAGAAACCCUAGUUAACUGAUCAAAGUGGCCCUCAUACUGUACCUGACAAGAAAUUUUGAAGUUUUGCAAAUGAGAAACAGAUUGGAUAUAGUACUUUGCUAUGUGAUUUUGUAAUUUGGAAAAUUCUUUCUGUUAAUUUCCUUUCUUUAGUCUGUAGGAAUAGACCAAAUCAUACCUGGACAGUACUCACAUCUUCCUGUUAUCUCAGGUACUAUUGGGGAAUGCUCUGUAGAAAAGCUUGUAAUUCUUUUCCCUAAAAGCUUCUCUGGAUUGGUCCUACACUCAUCUGAAUACAUCAUCUACUUCUUUUUGUUUCCUAUCAGCUGCUUUGUAAUGUUGGGGGUUUUUUAACUCAUUUCUCUGCGACACUUUCUGAAAGUGAACAUUAUAAAGACUUACUGUUUGGAUGUUGAUAUGAAAUGUCAUUUCAUCCAGAAGGCACUUUUCCUUACAUUAGUGACUGCAGCAUGCAAUAUAGUAAGGCCUAGGUUUUCCUGAAUGAUUUCUGAAAUGUAAAUCCAUCUGAACUUUUUAUCCAGUAUUGGAUGUACCUGGGUAAGGAUUACAAGAAUUGUCUUGUGCCAGGCAGCCCAGUCUUGCAGCAUCUGUGCACCCAAAGUUUAAUGUCUCAUGGUUCUCUUUGGAGUAAAGCAAUGAUCUAAUUGGAAAAUUUGUGAUCUCUGUAUAAGCCAGUUCCAUACUGUUUUGUGGUGAGAUGGCUUUCUGUGUAUUUCAAGGCCCUGUAUUAAUGCACUGUACUUGAUUUAGAGUAAUGCAUCCUGUCACUGUUACGAGUUUGUCACAUGGUAAAGCAUUUACUUAAUUCUUUUUUAUACUUACAAAGCAUUAUGGCAGGAUUUGACCUCUGAAAGGAGUCCUGCUGCAUGGUCUGCACCACAGAACACUGCUUCUUUCUGUCAUAGAUCUUUAUUUCUUGGUUUUGGUCUUCACAGUAGUUCUGUGUACAUACUAAAGACGGGUAAUAAAUCUUGCUUAGGCCAUGCAUUAAUCUGGAUUGAUUUUAGUGUGUAUCAAUCUUUGUAUGUAUGUUAUCGUUAUACCUUACUUGACACAGUAUCAAGGACCUUAUAAGUUACAGCUUUUCAUUUGAAAGAGCAGGUUCCCAUCAAUGUUUAGGUUUUCAUUUGUUGUGGUUUUUAAAAGUAAAGAAUGCAUUAAAAAUAAUCUGGAUACAACAAAGUGAGAAUUUGCUAGCUUUUGCCUGGAAGUAGAAACUUACAGGCUACCUCCUUCCAGAUUUGGAAUUUAUUGUCUAAAGUGUUCUUUCUGUUGACUGUAGUGAAGUGUAGAGGAAACUGAUUUGAAAGUCUUGGGGCAGUUUUAUCUAUCUGUGAAGAUGCAGUGCCUUGUAGAUUGCUUGUGUUUUGUCCUAAUAGGCUUUGAAUAAUAGAAACAUUUUCAGACAUGGUGAUGUUUCCCUAAUUUCUGUGAAGGCCUGUGGGCUCUGCACUUGUUUAAACUUUCAGAGAAAUGCAGAAAUGUACAGAUCUGCCAUAUAACUUCCAUUUUUAAGCAUUUUUAUUUGCUGUUCCAGGUAGUAGAUUAGUGUUAAUUUAAUGAUAGAAUAGUACAAAACUUCUCAAAUUAUGUAGGAGUUUACUCUUGCUUAAAUUGUCAAAUUCAGCAACAUCGAACCAUUGUAAAACUGAUGUUUUUGGUAAAUUAUUGGAUGGGUGGGAAAUGUCUGGCUCAAUGAUGUGCUAUACAGCAACAUUUUAGUCAAAAUAUCCAGUUAGGGCAUUUGUGCAAAUUCUCAAAACAUCCUAGAUUUCCUAUAGCUUCCAAUAGCACAUAAUGGCAAACUGAUGAUUUGGUGACAAUGCAGGGUAAGGUUGGUGGUUUUUAUUUCAUUAAUGGAAAACAUUGCACUGACUGUUCCUUAAAAAAGAAUUAAUUAUAAAGUUAGAACUGCUGCAGAUCUUAAUGCCUACUGAAUUACACCUUCAUAUAGCAAUAGAAUUUAGUCCAGCUAUUUUCGUUGGGUUACGUACAUGAUGGUAUUUGUGCUUAAUUACAGCUAGUAAAAUUACUAGCUGUCAGCAAUAAUUUUGUCAGCAGACCCAAAAAACUUUACUGAGGGAUGGGUUCUUAAUUUAGGCAGGAUUGUGAAAUGAUGUGAAGCCAGCUUUAACCAACUUCAUCUAAUAUAAAUAUGAUUUGUCUCGCUCUCGGAAUACAUUGUUACACUAUUAGUUCACUGCUUUCCUCUGAAAAAGUUGCAGUGCUGGUUGCUAUAACAUACAUAAUAUACGGCAAAUUUCUUACAUGGUAAACUCUCAUAGAAAUGUCUACUUUGUAGGUGAAACUAAGUAUACUUAAAUUGCAUUUGAUGUAGGUGUGACACGCAUAGAUCCUGUAUUUUCAGCAAAUGUAAUACCUGCUGUUUACUCAGUUACACUUCACAUUUUCUGAAGCUGUGUUGCUGCAGUCCCUGGAAGUAGCGCAAAUGUAUUUGCUUUAAGAGCCAUCAGUUAGAAAAUGGGGCAGACUGAGAAUGAAGCCAGUGUGUGCUGGCGGGAGAUAGUACUAAUGGCAAAUUGCAGGCAUCAGUAAUCCUCUAAAAAUAAACAUCAUUUGAGUGACAAUGCUGCCAGUUGUCCUUGCUUUUAGUAUUUCCAUUCAUGAGAUUCUAUACUUAGGAACAUGUGUAGGCAAUGCUUUAUUAUUGUUCCUAUUGACUACGAUAAGUCCUUUAUGUCAUUUACUGAGUCAUGUUUGUAGUACUAGCAACUUCUGAACUUUUUUUUUCUGGGGCUGGAGGAGGGGGAACCCUUUAUCUGUAUGAAUGCUGGGUACAGACAAUUUCUCUUUUCUGCUCUUGCAGUUGGACUUCAUGUAGAUCUAAGGUAGUUCUUGUUCCAAGAGAAUAAUAAUUUAAAAAUUACUAAUUUAAUAUAGUUUUAAUUUACUGUAUAAAUUAAUAAUCAUGUUCAAUUUCUGUAAGUAAUUUUUUUACUUCUACAAAAUGGUAGAAAUACAAAUCCUUUUCCUCUUGUUGCGGAGUUGUUCCACUGUCCUGCAAUAAAAGGUAUUUAGCAGUGUAAAUGGGUGGGAAGCAAACAAACUAUGCAGAAUGCAAAGCAUUUUUCUACUGACUGAAUUCUCUUUGAACUAGUUGUGUCCUUUUAUCUCUUUAUCUGUGUCAGGUAAAUCUAAUGUCACCAUAAGAAUGUGUUUGGUGAUGAUUGAAAUACUUAAUUUUCAUGUCCAAAAUUUGCCUUAAUUUACUUGAAGAUAUAAAAGGCCUAAUCCCUACUUUCUCUGAGACCUAAUCUGUUACAGUGUGCUACUGGUAAGGUUGUCGAUAGGUAUGGUUAGGUACAGUCUCUCACCAGGAUGACUGUGCCAAUAAAUAUAACUAGUAUUGAUACCAAUUCACAGACUGGUGAUAUUACUGGUGUCACUUUGGUUGUGUUUGAAGUGCUGCUGUAAUGUGUGCCUGAACUGAAAGGUACUAAUGAGAAUCCAAAGCACUUCAGAAUGGGCAUGAUCUUCUCAUGCAACACUGUCAGUAAAAAUAGCAUCAUGUUUGGACUUGUUCGAAGGCCUUUUUAUGUAGUCAGAAUGCUAUCAGUAAAACAAAACCCCCAAGACCCACAGGGUUGUAAACAGGAAUUUAAUCUUAUAGAAUCUGUUGCUGCUUUGGCCUGUAAUAACUCUUUGGCUUUCCCAUAGUUCUCGCCUGAGCAAAGCCAGUGUAGUCUCAUCGAGUAGCAAUGCUUAGUAAUGCAGAAAUGGGCCAUUCCUAAAUGAGUGUGUGCUUUGUAAUGGAAAACUGAUACACUGAUCUUCAGGUUGCUAAUUCUGGUAUUAUUUUUGCUGAUUUAUCAAACUGUAGUUACAUUUGUCUUCAUUGCUGUAGUCAUGAGAUGUGAAGCCCUGGUUGACCUGAGUUAUCUUGGUUUUCUUCUAACAUUCUAUGCUGUGUUUUACAGAAGUAAUACAAAUCUCGUAGUUUCUAUUUAUUUAUUUAAAUCAGGAAACCACUAAGGAUAUAUGAGAGGAUGUUCAUAAUACACGAUGAACUUUUAUUGACUAUCUGUGCAUAUACACACACAAAUUUAUGUAGUUAUUAUGCGUAUUAACUAGGUAUGUAUAAAUACGCAUCGUUAGAUUUUCUAGAAUUGUGAGAAGGUGAGGUGAGUGUACAGAAAGUUUUUACAGUACCUUGUGUUGAAAAUAAAUGGAAAAUUAUGGAAAUAACUGUCACAAAAGAAAUGUGCAAAUUAGAACUAGAGACUUAAUGCUAGCUUUUCUGCAGUUUUGGAUACAUGAACUACAAUAAUGAGUGAUGUGGGGUUUCCUGAAUGUGUUAUACAACUCGUAAUAUUUCCUAUAAAAUAAUUUACCAGUAUAGUUUUAAAAUUUCUCUAGCAUUAUUAAAAGGGUAAAGCAAAGCCUUUAUUUACACAAGGAUUUACUAUUCCUAGCACUGCUGUAUGAGAGCAAUGUGAGCAAAUAAUUACUGGGAAAUAUAAUGCUACCUGCAAAGCAAUCUGAAUUUGGGCCAGUGGGUCAACUAAUGAAGAAACAGCAUUGGUACCUUGAUGAUAAGAGACCUAGAUGUAAGCUGGUGAUUGCAAAAUCAGCACAUCGCUUUGGUUGGAUUCACUUUGGUGUGUUCUAAAAAAAUUAUACUUGCUAAGGGAAAUAAGGACAUAGAGGUUGUACAAUGUCCUUAUACCAUCAGUGAUGGAAAAAGUUGAAUAUAUGCUGACAAGUGCAAGUUCUAGUUCACUUUAUUUAGAUUCUUGAAGUGAUUGUGUGAUUCAUCUAAUUUAGGGAACUUGCAUUUUAGACAUGAAUCAUGAAAGAUAGCGUGUUAACGUCAGUUGUUAAAAUUCAUUGCUCAUGAGUCUUCACUGGAGCAUAAGGAAUAAAUGGUUUCCGUUACCUGAGAAAACUCUGCAUGGUAUUUACCCGUAGUUUGUUUUAUCUUGGUUUGUUCGUGCCUCUCAGUCCUUGUACUAUCUAGUGAUAAAUUGUUCUAGGCACUUGUAUGACAUGCAAUCUAGUCAAAAAUCUACUUUCAUAGUCACAGUUCUGCACCUGUUAUUGCAGAGAGGCGUGACCUGACUAGACUUAGGCUUGUUAAUAAUAUUGGGUGUUAAUCAAAUAUAAUCCCAAACUCCUGGCUUUUACUUUUCUAAUAUGUUUUAAUUACUGGAAAAAUGUUAUUUAAAAUAUUAUUUAAAAAAUUAUUUCUUCUGGUAUUAAGCUGUUAGAGGCUUUUAUUCAGUUGAAUGACUAACUAAUGUAAAAAAUAUAUUGUUUGCUCCCUGUUGGUGUAUUAUGAGCACUCUAUUAGCUUAAUUACGCUUUUAAAUUUAGUAUCAAAAUAUCAUCCAAGUUCUUUAAUAUAUAAAAAGUACAGCUACAAAGAAACUGUCAAACCCUGGAGCAGGGUUCUGGAAGAGGCUGUAAAAUCUCCGCUCUUGGAAAUUUUCAAAAGGAAACCAAGCAACCUGUGAACUCCAAAGUCAGAUCUAGCUUUAAUGUUGGUCCUAGUUUGAGGGGGCAAGGAGGGUGGUAGAGCAGAACUUCAGAGGUUCUUUCCAACCAGCAGUUCUGUCUGGACAUUUUCUUUGGGCAUUUAUUUUUGCUUGGUUUGGUUUGUUGCACCAAAGUGUAUUGAGGGGUGGAAAGUAAUUUCUUGAUGACUUUCUAUAAUUACAAUUCUAAUAAUAAAAUAUAUCAGUAAAAACUAAAAUAUUUUGAUUUUUGCAAGUCAGUGUGAAAGUGCCAAUUUAUUUUGUUAUGAAUCUGAGAUUAGAAAUGACAAGGCCUAGUGUCUUGAAGUGUCCUGCACUCGUGUAUAGAGACCAAAUGGAAUUACUCUGUAUCCUUUCCCUCACUUAGGUAUUUGUGCAGGCAUUUAGGCAUUACUGUGGCUUUUUGUUGUUUUCAAACUGCAUACUGAAUUAAUCACUCCUAUUAACAACUUGCAUACUGAAACUGGAUUGUUGGGCAAGUCAUGACACUCCUGGUGUGUACUAAUGGAGUAGAGUGAAUGAGUAUAUACAAACUAUGCAUCUUGUUUGCAAAAAUGAGAAGGUUUUAGGUUGUAAUAAGCUGCUUUUACUGGAGGUACUGACUAGCCUUUAUCCUGUGUCUCAGCAGUAGCAGAAAAAAACCCAAACAUAAAGGUACAGUAAAUCUAAAGAAGUUAUUAGUAAUGUAAUUAAAUUGUUCAUAUAUGUAAAGCUCCAAUUUUACUGGAAACAUUAAAAAAGCUGAAUACAUGAACUUAAAAUUAUUGUAAAAUAUCCUUUCUUUUAUAAAAUAUACAUAUAUGGUAAAUUUGGGGAUAAAAUUUGCUCUUUUGUAUUCAGUUUUGUUUCAGCUAUAUUCCAUUUGCACCACAAAAUGUAUAUCAAGAUACAAGACUUUUCUGAGUUGAUACCUGUAUCUCAAGAUACAUUUUUAAACUAAGCCUUUAGUUGUGUAGCAAUAGCGAUAUUAUAAAAAUUUUAGGUAUUGAAAUAACAGAACAGAUCGGAGAUUUUGUAGGCUUGUUGGAAUUACAUCUGUCUCUGCAGAAAGUUCAGAAAACCUCCCUUGUAACCUGAUGCUGACAUUCAUUGGAUGCAUUUUUCUGCUGGGUACAUGCAUGCUAAGUGUAUGUUAUACUAUAUGGUUGUUCUUCAAACUACUAAUAGUAGUUAAAAUAAAAAUUUUAAGACAUAAAAUUAAAAAGGAAAAAAACCCCAAGAACAAACAAAAAACCCUACAGACUUAUGGAAGCACCAUCAUGAUUCAGCACCCGAAUGAACUUUACUCACACAAAAUUUCAUAGUAGCCUAAUGAAAAGUACUUGCAUUAUUAUCCAUUGCUACAUUGUGUCACUAUAUUAUAUCAGAAGAAUACAUGAGAAAUUGUAUUAUACUGUAUACUUCUGUCCUCAGUUCUUAAAUUAAUUAAGGGGUAAGGAAUCUCAGAAACAGAAAACAAAACAGUGGAGGAAUGAGAAGGGGAGGAUGACGAACUGCUGCUGCUGAAUACAGGGUAUGUAUAAAACUCUUAGCAAAUGCUGAAUUCCCAAAGUGUGUUUAAACAAGUUGUAAAUGUUAGUGUUCUGUGAAUAAAACCUUGCUAUCACUUAGAUACUCACAAUACGGCUCUGCCACUAUCAUUAUAUGUUUUUGGUGUUGUAAAUUACCUAUAAUAUGCAAGCUUACUACCAAAAUUCACCUCGGCUAUGUGCCUACACCAUGCUUGGGAAUCCUGUCAGACGACAUCUUUUUCUUUUUUUGCUCAGUACUGAUCCACCUCUUGAUGUGAAGUCAUGAUUAAAAAAAAAUUUUCUCACGGAAUAACAGAUACUGGAGGAAAUAUGAACUCUGGAUUCAUUCUGAUUCAACCUGACUUAUCUGUUGGGUUUUUUUAAAAUUACAUUUGCUAUGACUAAUGUUAUGAGCUAUCAUUAAAACCUAGUUGCACAGUAAAAAGAUAUAGGCGUCUUUCUCCCCCCAGAAAAUCUGCUUUUGUUUCUAAGCCUGAGGAACUUUGUUACUGCAGUCUAGCAAAUCAGGUAGGAUUUGUAGGAAGAUCAUUGCUUCAAGUUCUGAUGCUUCUACAAAAAAAAAAUUAGAUUGUGGAUUAAACUCAGAAAUCUUUUAUCAAUGAACAAUAAAAUGAUUACUUUGAGAUAAAGAA